UGACAAACAGUAGCUGCCCUAUAUUCAUUGCCCCUCUCUUCCUCGAACUGAAAUGAUUUUUGCUGAUAUUCUGCGCUCCCAUGGCUCCUACCUAUCUACCGCGCGCGAACUGUAACAUUUUCGUUUUUCCAUCGUGUAUGCAAAAUUUACUUCGAAAUUUCUGUUUUCCUACUCUGCUUGCUUGUGCGGACUGCUCAUCUCCAUCGCUCAAUAAGAUGCAUGAUUUUUUAGGGUUAAUUUGAUUCUUUAUUUUUCUGGUUUUGUAAUGCUUUAAGGCAUCUUGUGUGGAAUUCCUUGCAGGAAGGCAACAAUUAUUCUUUAAGUUCCUUGUUUGUGUUGAGUCGAACGAGCUUGCUGGGUUUGUAUUAGUCUUCUAUAGGGAAGAGUAUAUAUAUGCUUCACGCCCAAUUGUAAUGGCUGCAAUUAAGUUUUCCAGAUUGACAAGAUCACUCAACCCAUCUUUAAAUUUUGCGAAUGUCGUUGGUAUUAGAUCCUCAUCACCUGCUUGUCUGAGUCAUAAUUAUUGCCAUGCGAGCGAGUCACGUAGUCCUACCCGGAAUCAUGCUUCUAUAGGUUUUGGGGUAGUAGGUUUUAGCUCAUAUGUGAGUGGGUCAUUGAGCAGUUAUCCUUUAAGAGGUGUGUCUUUACUCUGGAGCAGUAGCCCUAUAUGGAGCAGCCGGUUGUAUUCAUCAUCUGUAGGUGGUGAAGGGGGUACUCCUGGAGACUCAGGUUCUGCCAUUUCUGGACUCAGUGGAUCUAAUAUGGCUGGUACUGGUGGAUCUGAUAUGGGUGAGUGGGGUAUGAAGGCAAAAGAAGCCAUCCAAAGUCUCGGGAAUGCUGUGAGUUCCACAGGAGAGAAGGUCAGAGACGCUUCCAGUGACAUAACACCUCACAUACAGCAAAUUCUUGAUGCCAAUCCAUACUUGAGAGAUGUUGUUGCUCCCGUUAGUGGUACUUUGGUGUGUACUUUACUGGCUUGGUUAGUGAUGCCAAGGUUUCUGAGGAGGUUUCAUAAGAUGUCAACAGAAGGGCCUGCUGCUUUGUUAUCUGAGAGCUCAAUAUUGAAGCCCGUACCUUAUGAAAAAAGCAUCUGGAGUGCUCUGGAAGACCCUGUUCGGUAUCUCAUCACUUUUAUGGCCUUUACCCAAAUUGGUGCUAUGGUGGCACCAACCAGCGUUGCAUCACAGUACAUUCUGCCAGCUUGGAGGAGUGCCACUAUUCUUUCUUCUGUUUGGUUUCUACAAAGAUGGAAGACGAAUGUGAUUAGCAGAACUUUAGCAGUAAAGACCUUUGAAGCGGGUGAUCGAGACAGGUUGUUGACACUGGAGAAAGUAUCUUCUGUUGGUUUAUUUGCUAUUGGAUUGAUGGGAUUAGCUGAGGCAUGUGGGGUACCAGUGCAAUCCAUUCUCACCGUGGGAGGUGUAGGGGGAGUUGCUACUGCCUUUGCUGCUCGAGAUGUCAUUGGAAGUGUUUUAAGUGGGCUUUCGUUACAGUUUUCAAGGCCUUUUUCUAUUGGAGAUUUGAUAAAAGCGGGAUCUGUUGAAGGCCAAGUUGUAGAAAUGGGGCUGACAGCAACGUCUCUGUUGACUGCAGAGAAGUUCCCAGUUAUUGUUCCGAACUCCCUGUUUACUAGCCAGGUUAUUGUGAACAAAUCACGGGCUCAAUGGAGGGCGAUGGUGACCAAAGUUCCAAUGCAAAUUGAUGACUUGGAGAAGAUCCCACAAAUAUCAGAAGAUAUAAAGAACAUGCUGAAAUCCAAUGCGAAUGUGUUCUUGGAAAAGGAGGCGCCCUUUUGUUUCUUGUCUAAUCUGGAAAGAGGAUACGCAGAACUCACUCUCGGCUGCAACCUAAAACAAAUGAGCAAAGAGAAGAAGUUUUCGACAGAGCAGGAAUUGCUUCUGCAAGCAGCCCGGAUCAUCAAGCAACACGGCGCUUCUUUAGCCAACCCCUCUUCACUAAACAUGUAGACACAGCUUUCUAAAUAUCAUGUCAAUUGACAAUUAGGGAUGUGACUAUAAAGCCAUGCCAUUGUAUUUUCUUAGAUAUUGGAGUAUGUUUUAUUUGGGGAAGGAGUAAAGAAAAGUUGUUUGCCCAC